UUUAAAUUUCCAGCAGUGAGUGUGUUGCUUAGUGUUGGUCUGCAACGAUGUUCUUUAUCCAAAAGGAAUGGUUUACCGUGUGAAUCUUACAUCUGAGGAUAUUUCAUUUGCGAUUAAUUGGCAACAAUUCUGUUGAAGCUGGAAGCAGCGUCGACGUGGGUUCGCCAUCAGAGAGACUCAACAGACUUUGUUGGAAAGUCAAUCUAAAAUGAACACUUCAGCAGAUCUGAAGAAGUACCACGGCUUGUACAACCAUGGAGCAACAUGCUACUUGAACAGUGUGCUGCAGGUGUUGUUCAUGACCAGGGACUUCAGAGAAGCUGUACAAAGAUUGACCAACAACAAUCCAGAGUUCAUUGAUCGCCAUCUUAAAGACUUGUUUGAUGAUUUACGGAAAGGGACAGCACGUACAAAACAAAUACUGGAGACCCUGCACAUUCAGAGAGUGUAUGAACAGUGUGAUGCUGCAGAGUACCUUGAGAAGAUUUUAAGGCUGACCAGUCCUGAUGCAGCAAAGAUCUUCCACGGAGAGUUGUCCAACACCACCACCUGUUCUGAAUGUAGAGCAGAGAUGAACAGAGAUGGGAUGUUCUGGUAUCUUCCUCUUCCACUGGUGGAUUCCUGCAGUGGAGUCUACAGUGUGGAAGAUGGUCUUGAGGAGUUUUUCAAAACCUCAGAUCUGAAUGGAGAAAACCAGAUGUACUGUGAGCAGUGUGAUACUAAAGUCAAUGCUAAGAGGAAAAAUGUGUUAAAGCAUCCUCCAGAUGUUUUGAUUCUGCUGCUGAAGAGGUUUGACUUCAGCUACCGCUACAUGUCAUUUGUCAAAAUCAACAGUGAUGUGGAUGUUCCGAACACCGUAGAAGUGUCAGAGAAUCAGAAGUAUGAGCUGUAUGCAGUGGUGGAGCAUUUUGGUGACCUGAGAAGUGGACAUUAUGUAUCAGCAAUCAAGGAUCAGGAUGAUGAAAACAAAUGGUUCUGCUUUAACGAUACCACAGUCACACAGAUUAACCCCCCUUUCCUGGAUGUGCAAUAUGUAAAAUCUAGAAGUGCCUAUCUUCUUUUUUACAGAAAGAAAGAAACUGGUGCACAAGAAAGCAUGGUCCCCACAAAUGGAGGUUCUCCAACUUCUGCCUGUGAGAACUAUAAUGAAAGUCAUGAUGCAGAAACAGAAAGGAGGACACAGGAGCAUGAACAUGAAAAAGAAGUUAGUGUUGACACUGUGGCAGUUACAGAUACAAUCAGUGUUUCCAAAGAAAAUGAGUUGUCAUCUGACCACAAAUUUAAAACAUGUCAUCCAGAAGUUAAAGCCGAGCAGGUUGAUCCAGAGUUGUCUGACUAUUCCCCAGAAGGUCAUGUUAGAGAACAGGACAGUGAUAAGGGGAAAGUCCAGACAGAACACAAAAGUCUACAUCCUAGUGGAGCUCAGCUUGAAGUCCAAGAUCCUGAAAAUUUAGAGAUUAAGGAGGUGAAACCAGAUGUAAAUCUUGUUUUUACAUCAGUCAGUGAAAGAUCUCCAGAAGAGCCUGUACGUUACAAACAAGGAGAGAUAACAAAUGCACAGAAGAAAGAACUUGGUGAAGAAACAGUUGAGAAUGAAGAGACAGACAAGAGUGAAAUACUAAUAAGCAGGCAAGCAAGGCAAGAGUCUAGCAAUGAUGGACAAAACAUUAAUGAAUAUUAUUGUGGUACUAAUAUUGGUGGAGAAGAUGAUGGCAUCAAACCUGUUAAUGCUGACAAAGAGGGAGAUGUGAGGAGGAUGCAAACAAACAUUAAAGAUGAGACAGAAGGAAAAAUUCAAGUUACAUCACAAAAAGGGCUCUUGACUAUAUAUGGUCUCUACUUGGAUCAAAUGCAAAUUUGUCAUAGACUCCAAAACAAACAAGAAGAUAAACAGAAACAUGAACAAGGCAAACGAGAAAAGGAGGAUGAGGGAAGGGUUGAUAUCAGAGGCCUUGAUCAUGAUGUUGGACAGAACAAAUCAGGCCAGAGGAACAGUGAAGGUGUAGAGAAACUCAACAAAAAACAGGGAAAUGAAGAAAAUACUGAUCCUUCUCAGACACAUUCAGGUUCAGAAAUAAGAGAAAGACAAACAUGGAGUCAGGGUGCAGGUAAUGAUGAGAACAUAAGGCAAGAUAUUUCUAAGCUAAAAGCAAGAAGUGAAUUGCAGGGAGUUACAGAUGGCCAUCAAAGUUCAAAACAGCCAGGAGAUGAAUGCAUUAUAGCGGAACGGCCUAGUGAGGCCCCCUGUGGUGGUAAAAGAAACCAAACCACUAAGAACACAGAAACUGCAGAGGAAACCUCACAAGCCACCACUGAAAAGCAUGAAAGGAAUAAUGAAGGAAACGUUAACGAGAAUUUUGAUAUAACAAACAACGUAAAAGCUAGUUCAUCUACAGCUGUCAGCAAUAUGAAGCUCAGAGAGUCACCUUUGAGAAAACAGGAGAACUACAGAACCAAAGGAGUCACUGAUGAACAAAUGGAAGCAGCUAGAAUUAUAAAUACUCUUAAAAAGAGAGGUUUAAAAAAGAGAUUACGUUGGGGCCACUCGGGACAACGAAGGCUAGCAGCUUACCGAGAAAGGAAAAGACUGCAUAUAAGAAAAUAUUUGGGUGUUUUUCUUUACCAAAAAGACAGAAGAGCAAGGAUCAGGAUUCAGAGACAUUCUAAGAGGAAAUCUGCUCCAGUUUAAGGCAAACUGUGCAUGUCAUUGUUGUGAUUCAAAAGAUAUGUGUUAGACUUAGUAUAACUGAUAUGACCAGUGUUUGAUAAAAUGAGAUUAGCAAUACAAAAGGCAGAAUAGUGAAUGUAAACUAGAAAAAGACCAUCAGUUUGCACAUAAGGGAAAACUGUAGCAGAAUACUGUUUGCUCCUGCAAAACAUCAAUAAUGAAGGAUUGUUAAGAUUAAACAGAACGUUAAUGAUUAUUAAGUUGGUAAGAUUGAUUUAGGAUGGGAUGGUAAUUUGUCAGGACAGUAUAACAGCAAGUGGCAGAAAACAAAAUCUUCUGAAAUGUGGCAGGCAGGAAAGAAGUCAGGAAAUGGAAAGAGGAGACAUGGGAGACAAUCAUCAUGAUGUUGGACAAAACAAACUUGUGUAGUUUUUUAUGUUUUAAUUGAACUCUUUGUGUGUUUAUUUUUCCUGUAGUUUGCUGUGUUAAAUUACUUCAUUUGGGUAAAUAUUUUGCAUAGUUUUCUUCAAAAAUCUGCUGUUAAUUCAGAAUACUGCUUUCAUGCUGUUCAUAUUAUAAUCAAAGUCUUCUCUCUAUAUUCUCAUACAAUGUUUCUUUAUCUAUAAACAAAACCAAAAAUGUACCCUGGCAUUAGUAAUAUUACAGUUACUGGAAGCAAAGUUAAAAAGAUGAUGUUACCUUGUUCAGCAGAAGAGCAUUAAACAUUUGCAAAUGUAAUUAAUUUAAAACAUCAGUCAACGUUUUACUUCCCAAUGCUUGUUUUGUUUUGUUUUGUUUUUUUUAGUUUGUUUUUAAGGGCUUGUCUUGUGGAGCAAUGUUAAAUAAAUUAACCAUUGAUAAUGCAAUCAUGUUUACAUGAUAUUGACUUCUGUACAUAUUUAUUUGACAAAAGUCUAUUUUCCUCUAGAGAUUAAGUUAAAAGAGCCUCAAUUUCUGUUUGAUCUAUCUUGAAAAGGGAGUGAGCAUGGUUAAAAAUCUUCAGGUUACAUGUCUACCUGUUGAUGCAUUCUGUAAUAAGAAAGCAGCAAUAAAUUAAGAAGAGUAAUUGUUUUCACCAAAUAUAGAUGAUUUGUGAGUUUUAUUUUAUCAAAGCCAUAUUUAUGCUCACAUGAGUGUAGGUCAAACACAAGAUUUCACUAAACUGGUGACCUUAAUUCUAUAAUAAUGAUAUAAUAAUGCACAGCAGCCAUAAAAAAAAAUGACUGACUUUUUUUUUUCUUUUUCAAGGCACUGAUCAGAAUUGCAUUAGAUAAUCCUUAGUACCAGUAAAACUGCACUUUUUUUUCCCACUAGGGGGAUCUGUGCUUCAAAUAAACCAUUUUCUGUUGCAGGAAGAAACAAUCAUGAUGUGUUGGUAAGCCAAGUGAAGCUUAUCUGAUGGAAUCACUUCCUUUCCAAGCAUAGAGAAGCAUAGCUGUCUUAUAACAUCUGCUGGUGUUUCCUUUAUUUGGGUCAUGCUGAUAAAUGUUCCUUCUGAUGAACAUGUGAUUAUGUGGCCUUUGGUUGAUCAAAUUUAAUCAGACGCAGUUUCUCAUGUCAUGUUGUAAAUGUUUCUUUGUAUAGUUGUUUUCUGAUUUUUGUACUACAUUCAGUUAGUAUGAAAUCUGGGUGGUCUGGCUUUAGUAGGUGGUCACGACCAGCACUUCCUUC